UACCGACGUCGGUAACUUCACGCAGGAGCCUCGGAAGGUGAUGUUGAUGUUUUUCUUUUCCACAGACAUGCGAUUAUUUGCGACAAGAGCCAAUUGCUAACUCGGGGAUAGUUUAAAACUUGAAAAAUCUUGGUCUGUUGCAGUUGUGAGCCAACUCUCGGAAGAUGUUUGGUUUACUGGGUUCUCUCCAAGUGACUAUUCCGCAAUUGUUUGUUAACAUGUUCUGGAUAUCAACGUCUUUCUUUAUUGUAUUCCUGAUAAUACUCUCUGCCAUCAACAAGUCCGUUGGUUUCCGAAGGUCAUAUGUAAAUCUAUUGCUUAGGAUAUUUGAGUAUGGACGUGUCAGUAUAGAAACUGCUCACAAAGAGCGCCAUGGAACGAUUAAGGACACAGACAGAGGCGAGGAAACAAAAUCCAAAACAGAUAUUAAGCCCAUUAUACAAACAAAUGAUGUACAUAGCGCUGUAAAUGAACCUAAAGAAAAAUCCAGCUGUGACGUCGUUAGUAAGACGGUAAAAGCCGUCAAUGCCAACGGGAACACUCUCAUCAAUCGCGAUAAUGUUUUAUUGCCUACUCCAAAUGAGACUAAUUUCAACAAGGAAAAGUUAACUGAGACUAUAAAAGAUGAAAAUAUAAGUUUUCAUUUUGAGGAAUGUUUGGAUUACAUCAAGGCUGGUGUAGAAGCUAUUAUUGAAGAUGAAGUUACGUCCCGCUUUGAGGCCGAACAACUGAAAAGCUGGAAUUUAUUGACCCGAACAAACCGCCAAUAUGAAUUCAUCAAUUGGAAAAUAACCCUCAUAUGGGUUGUGGGGUUUGUCGUUCGCUACGUGAUUUUAAUGCCUCUACGAGUGCUAGUCUGCUUCCUGGGAGUGGUCUUUGCUGUUAUUUCGAACAGCAUUGUUGCUAUGAUCCCUUUCAGAAUGGUUCGGCACUUCCUUGCGGACAUUGCCUUUAAAGUCACAUUUCGCUUGAUUUGCUGUUCCUUGUCGGCAGUUAUAAAUUUCCAUAACCUUCAAUAUAAACCAAAAACCACUGGCUUCUGCGUGGCCAAUCACACUUCGCCCCUUGAUGUUGGCAUAAUGUCAACAGAUUGUACCUUUUCACUGGUGCAAUGGAUUACUCUGUGUACAGCGGUUUUGGGCUACAUGCCAGAGGGCGAACGCAAACGCCGUCUAGUGGAUACAGUUUUAAAGCACUGCUUCUCAGUCAUGUCCAGCGCCAUCUCUGCUGUUAUUAACUAUCACAAUGAAGAGAAUCGUCCCACCACGGGCAUAUGUGUUGCAAAUCACACCAGCCCCAUUGAUGUAUUGGUACUGAUGUGCGACAGCACUUACUCGUUGAUUGGUCAACGUCACGGUGGCUUCUUGGGUGUCCUCCAAAGGGCUUUGGCAAGAGCUUCCCCACAUAUAUGGUUUGAAAGAGGUGAAGCAAAAGAUCGACAUGCAGUAGCAGAGAGAUUGAGACAGCAUGUUUCGGAUCCAAACAAUCCUCCUAUACUUAUAUUCCCCGAGGGAACAUGUAUCAACAAUACUUCCGUAAUGCAGUUUAAGAAGGGCAGCUUUGAAGUUGGUGGCGUUAUAUAUCCCGUAGCUAUAAAGUAUGAUCCUCGUUUUGGCGACGCCUUUUGGAACAGUUCCAAAUAUUCCAUGAUGCAAUACCUGUAUAUGAUGAUGACGUCCUGGGCCAUUGUCUGCGACGUUUGGUAUUUGCCCCCAAUGUAUCGGCAGCAAGGCGAAUCGGCCAUUGAUUUUGCAAAUCGUGUGAAAAGCGUUAUAGCCAAGCAAGGCGGUCUAGUCGAUUUAGUCUGGGAUGGUCAACUGAAGCGCAUGAAACCCAAAAAAGAAUGGAAGGAAAUGCAGCAAGUGGAAUUUAUCAAACGUCUGAAGGGAGAUUAAUCCCUGCAAUCAUGUAUUCUUAGAAAUAUGGUUAGAUUAUGUUUCCAAAACACAACACAUAAACCAACCUACUAAAUAAUUGUAAUUUAUUACCACAUAAUACAUUAAUAUACAUACAAUUUUUCGAAGUAAACAUUAAAAUGGAACCAAAUAAAUUAAAAACUGAAUUUUUAAGUAAAA